GUUUUGACAAGUUAACCAGGGUUGCAGAGUUGCCAUCUGCAGAAAACAGCUGUUCUGCAGAAACACUUCGAAUUUUCUUGAAAAUCACGAUGUCGGGAACAAAGGUGCUGCGCUCCCUGCUCCACGAACUGCGCCAGGCUUCUCCAAAUGGCUGCAUCAAGGACUCGCUAGCGGCGCGCUACGUUUUGGCGCAAUACAAGAAGUUUGCGACCACGGAACAGCAGGUGUGCAAGGCCCGCAAUGAAGCCACCUUCCUGGGGCAGACCUACUUGACCUACUUGGCCAGCCAGCGCCAGUACCUGGAGCUCUACAAGGAAUUCCAUGGGAGGGGCGAGAGAUCCGUAAGGGAUACCGCCGACUUGGUGGGCUUCAAGCUGCCCUCGGAUCCCAAGUGAUCGUUAUCUGUGUAGAUCCUAGUUAUGUAGUUGCUAGCGUAGUGCGAAUAAAGCGUGGCUAAAGUUGCUAAA